AUGCUUUCUUUAUUUUUCAUUUACCCCGAAAUCAUUUAUUUAUUUCACACUAAUAUUCGCGUCGACAUUCUCUUCUUUCCUCUUCGUUUUUUUUCUUUUUUCUCUUCUUUUCUCUUUACUUCUUAUCUCCUCUUCAUCUCUCCACUCCUCUUCAUAUCCCCUCUCCUCUUAUCUGUUCUCUUCUCUCUUCUGUUCCCUACUCUUUCCUCCUCUAUUCCCUUCUCUUUUCCUCUCUUCACAUUUCUUCCCUUCUACUCUUUUCCCUCAUCUGCUUUUCUCUUUUCUUCACUUCUCUCUUCGCGUCACUCCUCUUCUCUUCUUCUCUCCCCUUCUCUUCUCUCUUCUCUACACUUUCUCCCACCUUCUCUUCUAUCAUUCCCUCUCGCCCUCUAUUUUAUUCUUUUCUCUUCUUUUAGCCUUUUCCUUCUUCUCUUCUCUUUUCUUUUUCUUCUUUCUUCUCUUCUCUCUUUUCUUCUAUUUUCUUCUCUCCUCUACUCUCUCCUCUUUUCUAUUAUUCUCUCUCUUAUUCUCUCUCUUUCUCUCUCUUUCUGUCUUAUCUCUCCACACUUUUAUUUCCAAUACCACACCCUACGGAGCCCCGUCCUUCUGCCAAGCCCUUCAGCUGUUUUCAUCCUUCCCCACCACCGCCCCUGUUUCAACCACGACUCCUCGCCACACACAUUCUUCAUUCCCUAA